AUGCAACAAUGGAAUAUCCCACUUCUUCGACAACUAUCUCCUGCAGACCAGGUGAAUUCCAUUCUCACUAUUCCUUUACAAUUAGAUCAAGAAGACAAGUUGGUUUGGCCUUUUACUAGUUCUGGCAUCUUUACAACUGCUUCAGCAUACAAGAUGUUUUGUGAGAAAGAUUUGCAUAUUGACAUUUCAAUGGGUUUAUCUCAGCAAUUUUGGUUAGCUUUUUGGAAAUUGAAAGUGCCUUACAAGUUUCAAAUUUUUAUGUGGAAAGGAAUACAUGAUGUGGUUCCUGUUAAAGCUCGAAUUUUCAGACAUCUGAAUACUGAUGAUAAACUUUGUGUUCUGUGUAGUAUGAAUCAAACAGAAGAUUUGGAUCAUUUGCUUCUUCAUUGCUCCUUCUCUCAAGCAAUAUGGCAGAACUUUUUUCCUAAUCAGUUUAUCUCUAUCGUGCAGCAUCCUUCAGUUCUUUCCUGGAUCCAGACUUGGCAUCUUAAGGAUUUUAACAUAAAUAUUAAACAAACACCUCAGGCUGUGCACUUGGCUCUCUGCAUAAUACACUUUAUUUGGAAGCAUAGAUGUAGGGAUGUUUUUAGUAAUAUGACACCCAACCAUCACACAUUCAUACAUCAGAUAAACUCUUACAGGGCACAUCAUCAUUUAGAUACCUCUUUUGUUGAUCAUGCUGGUAUUAGAAUUAUAAUUAGAAAUUCUACAGGAGCAUAUGCCAUGGGAAAGGGAACACUGAAAAGAGCUAUAAAUAUCCAGCAAGCUGAAGCCUGGGCUUUGUUAGAGGCUAUGCAAAUAGCAGCAACAAAUGGUUGGUCCAAGGUCAUUUUCGAAACGGAUAAUCUGAGUAUCAGUUCCUUUUUACAGCAUCAAACCAGUAUCUGUCAGUGGCAAUGUUUGCCUCUUCUUAGAAACUGUGUUAACAUGUAUAAUAGUUAUCCUGUUUGGUCUUAUGAGUUUGUUUAUAAGUCUUGUAAUAAAACUGCAGAUGCAUUAGCAAAUGCAGCUCGUAAACAUAAUUUAUGUGGGGAUUGGUGGAGUUGCCCACCUGACUUUCUAAUUCCUUACAUAAAUCAUGAUGUAAGAAACCUCCUUGUGUAA